UAUCUAAAACGCUUGGAUUGAUGUUGCUAGUCUGAGUAUCUCGCAAAUUAUUUUUGGUGCUAUGUGACAUAUAUUCAACAAUUUUUGUUAGGCCAAAACGUUUUUUUAGUACACAACGAGUCUUGAUUGAGAUAGGUUCGUGAUUUGUAACAUUUUCAAGCGACACACAGUCUCCUGGUAACGUUUUGUUCAAGUAGAACGGAUUAGGGUAGUCCUUAGUUCGCCCAGAGUGGGACACUUCAGUUGGUGCAUGAUAGUAGCUGGGCAAUUUGUAUUUGAAUCUGGGCUGAUAGUAUCAGUCUCACGGUCCCUAAAUUAUCCGAUUGUUUAGGAAUCGAAAAUGUGUAAAUUGUAGGAGGAUAGUACCCUUGCUCCAGUGGAAAAGGUGUAGUGACAAUAACUCAAUUGAAUUAGAGAUUGGAUAACACAAGCCAUCGUUUAGUGAAUGACCAAAUUGGAAUUUUGAAUUCUUCGCGCCCGAAGUUCGAGUGUGUCGUAAAUAUUUGUGAAAGUAUUUUUAUCUGUAAAUAUUUUGUGAGAAGGCAGAGGUUCGUGAUUCAAACAGAAUAAUUUGGAAUUGUUGUCAGUUGCCCCAGUACAACAUUUGAUGUAUCACAAAAUUUAACUCUAAAUAAGCACAUCUGGGAUAAAUAAAGUUAGCAAGGUGUCGCUUUGUGUUUAUCAACAUUGUGGUUUGGAGCAUUGUGACUAAAGUCAGUUACUUCGACUUGGUGUAAGCGCGGUUACUUCCAUUAGAUUUCGCAGUCUAAUUCUGAGGGUGUGAUUUCGCAGUCUAAUUCUGAGGGUGUGAUAACGGAAUUCAUGCGGAUAUACUAAAACCUUACCCGCCUUCACAUCUCCAGUACGGAUUAGCCUUAGGAUUACAAUUUCUUAGUUUCUAACUUUAGUUCUAGUUUUUGACGACGAAAAUAAAAUUAGCUAAAUUUCUAAAGGCUUUACCUAAAAGUAGACACAAUGAGCCGUCCAAAAAAUAGGCUGAAAGGUUUUAUGGGCGAAAACCUGUUAACCCUGCUAACGGUUAUCGGUGUUGUAUGCGGUACUAUUACAGGACUUCUAAUAAAAAAUAACACAGGGGCAUGGACUCCUCGCGAAAUCAUGUACAUUUCAUACCCUGGUGAUCUCUUCUUAAGUAUGUUAAAAUGUCUAAUUGUGCCGUUGCUGGUAUCGUCGAUUGUAAGUGCGAUAGGAUCUUUGGAUUUAAGUAUGUCGGGCAAAAUUGCUAUGAGGGCCUGCAUUUACUACAUGUUGACAACAAUUUUCGCCGUGAUUUUGGGUAUCAUUUUAGUAACAACGAUACGACCAGGCGAAAGUGCAAAACUUGCGGAACCCACCAAGACAGUGGGUACCACAAAGCAAGUACUGACGCAGGAUACACUUAUGGACUUGAUACGGAAUCUUUUCCCAUCAAAUAUUGUCCAAGCUGCAAUGUUCCAAUAUCGUACUGAAUUGAUCAAACCAGCGAAUUCAUCAGAUGAUCUUCCUCUGGAAGAAUAUGAAAUGAAAGGAACCAUGCACGCUACAACGAAUGUGUUAGGCUUGGUAAUGUUUAGUAUUGCCUUAGGAGUAACUAUUGGAAAGCUUAGAGAAAAGGGACAACCUUUACAAGAUUUUUUCGUCACACUAAGUGAAGCAAUGAUGAUUAUUACAUCUUGGGUUAUUUGGAUAAGUCCUCUGGGCGUAUAUUUCCUUGUCACUGCAAAGCUGAUUGAGAUGGAAUCGUUGGCUGUUGUGGUGUCCCAACUUGGAUUCUAUUUCAUGACGGUCAUGUUGGGACUUAUCAUUCAUGGUUUGGGUACGAUUCCCAUGAUGUUCUUCGUUGCAACACGGCAAUUCCCAUACAAAUACAUUGGAAAGAUGACCCAAGUCAUUGCCACUGCUUUUGGAACGGGAUCAAGUUCAGCAACAAUGCCAAUAACAAUCAAUUGUCUGGAUUCAAUGGGAAUGGAUCCACGAGUUACUCGUUUCGUAAUUCCGGUCGGUGCUACAAUUAACAUGGACGGAACUGCCUUGUAUGAAGCUGUCGCCGCUUUGUUCAUCGCUCAGUUUAGAGGAGUCUCAUAUUCAUUCGGAACAAUCGUAGCUGUGAGUAUAACCGCUACAGCGGCUUCUAUUGGUGCAGCAGGCAUUCCGCAAGCCGGACUUGUUACCAUGGUGAUGGUGUUGGAUACAGUGGGACUCCCAUCCUCUGAUAUCACGCUGAUCGUUGCAGUCGAUUGGUUAUUGGAUCGAUUCCGCACAACAAUCAACGUAGUCUGCGAUGCUUUCGGCACAAUUCUGGUUAACAAAUUGUCGCAAAAUGAUUUGAACCGGUUGGACAAAGAACAUGGCGAACCUCACGAACUCGUAGAACUCAAUUCAGGCGAUCGAGAAUUCAAGGAAUAAAUAAUGAUGUAUUCGUAACAAAAUCCAUAUGUUUAGUUCUUUGGAACUUGUGUAUAUACUUAAUAGUAUAAGGAUCUGUUUUCGUAAAAAAUAUUCCACUUUCGUAAGAAUGCGAAUUAAACCUUCGACAUGACUUGGCAAAUAUAAUUUAAAAUAAGCAAAUACUGUUUGAAAGUUACUUUCUAAGGAAGUUCAAUGUGAAACGUACAAUUCGGACAAUGACCAAUACAUUUAUAGAGCCAAUUAUAUGGAAGACAGUUGUUCAGUAGAGUAUUUCCCAUUCGUUGCUUUCUGUAUAUACCGAUAUGUGUACCGAUAAUUAAGGACACCACAUGUAGAAUAAUGUAUUUUUUUUGUAAUUGGCAUAUAUGUUACUAUUAAAUUGUUUUUAGAGUAUAAUAUAUAAAUGUGUUCAUUCUAUUUAUUUGAAAUAGAAUAAAAUAUGGAAAGAGAUCUGCUUGGA